AUGAGGUUCAACGACCCAUUUAUUUGUGACGUCUUUGGACUCUGGACCUAUAGCGGGUGGGGUGUAUGGUACAACAAGCAUAUGGAGCCAAACAACUGUCCUAAAGAAAAGUGUGUUCGCCUGCAAUGGCAAUACAUGCAUACAUCUGAGUGUAAUGAAAAGUUCACCGCUAUAUGUGAAAUCAGAAGGAGUGUCACAUACACAGCAAUGGCGAGCACAACAACACGUGACCUUACUACAACUACCAAGACAGAGGUUGCUGAAACUGAGAUCUCGUCAACAACAUCCAAAAAGCCAGACUCUGAUGAGGUGUUUACAACAGAAGACGAAGUGUUUACAUCCUCGAGUUCAACUACGACUUCCGGUACACCAGAAAUUAAUGUGUUGUCUACUUCAGAAAAAAAUGAUGUUACGACAACGACCGAAAGCGAUGGUUUUACAUCUCCGAGUUCAACAACGACUUUCGGUACAACAGAACCUGAUAUGUUGUCUUCUGCAGGAAAUGCUGAUGUUAUUACAAUAACAACAGGAAGCAAUCCGACUUUUACCAAUGAAAUUUCCCUUCGGUCAACGACUACGACCCAUGUUUCUUCCGGAGUAGAUAGAAACAAAUGCAAAAUAUGCUGCCUGCCGAGAAACCUUACAAGACAUCUUGAUUUACGUGAACUAGAGGAGAUCAAGCACAUGUUAAAAGUUCAGUUGACCCUCAACAAAACAAGCCUGUCUUCUCAUCAGCGUAAACUCAUCAGUGUGUAUGACUCCAGGCCCACCAGUAAAGCUAUGGGAGCUUUGGCUUGCGUCAUCCUGGCCGCAGCUGUCGGGAUUAUCAUUGUACCGGACAUCCUCUCUCUUGUCGGGUUUGUGUAUAAAUCAUUUCGCACUCAAUGCGAAACAUUGGACAUAUAG